GUUGCGUUUUUGAGUUAUUUCACCCCUUUUCGUGCGAAGGGCUAAUUUCUGUAUUGGCUGGAAAGGGUUUCGCUACCAUUGUCCUCGGUAACAUCCAAAUAACACAGAACGAGUAAUCUCAAAACCCGUGCAUAUUUCUCAAAGUAAUGCUUACAAAAGCCAAACGUUUAUCUGUUAAGGUAAUUGCAGCGGACUUGGAGUUGCAACUAAUAGUUAACCCUUCAAUAACUGGAAUGCAAUUGUUUUACCAGGUUUGUGAAACCGUCGGGAUAAAAGAAAUUUGGUACUUUGGACUGGAGUUCACGAAUAACAGCAAGUUUUCGGUUUGGUUAGACCUCCUAAAGUGCAUCAAAAAGCAGAUAGAUACAUCCGAUGAACUAAUUCAGUUCACUUUGAAAGCCAAAUAUUUCCCAGAAGACGUGACGACGGAAUUGAUUCAUGAAGUUACUCAGAGAUUUUUCUACCUCCAGGUCAAAGAAAGCAUCCUAUCUGGAGAAAUACUUUGCUCUUUUGAAACCGCUGCACUUUUGGCUUCGUACGUCUGCCAAAUCAAGUAUGGAAAAUUUGAUUACGCAAAAAUGCGUCGGGGGUUCCUAAAGAAUGAGCAACUACUUCCGAAAAAAAUGCAGCUCGAGCGACCGCAUGAACAAAUUGAGGCUGCAGUGGUCUUCUGGUACAAGCAACACGCGGAUAUGCCCAAGUGCGAGGCCAUGUUGGAAUACCUACAAAUCGCACAGGAACUGGAAAUGUUCGGAGUUACCUAUUUUUCAGUCAAAGACGAAAUAGGAACCUUGAUGUUGCUUGGUGUAGACGCGUUUGGUCUGAAUGUUUAUCCAGCAGAUAAUAGAUUGACCCCAACUCUAGGAUUUCCAUGGAGUGAAGUUUCCAGUGUGUCCUUCAAGAAGCUGAAAUUCGUAAUCAGACCUAUGAACAAAAUCGGCCGAACUCACUGCUAUUACUCGGAAAGCGUCAAGAAUAAUCAACUUUUGUUAAGUCUCUGUGUGGGUACGCACGAAUUGUACAUUCGUCGACGCAAGCAAGAGACGGUUGGGAUGCGCCACCUCAGGGCUCAAGCCAACGCAGAGAAGGCAGUGAAGAUAGGGGAACGUGAAACGCUGUGCAGUGCUGUUCAGGCACGAAAAGCUGCAGACGAACGGCUGAAGAUACUAGAAUCCAAAGUGUUGUAUACGACAGCCAUAAAGAAUAAACUUGGACGAAGUGCAGUAGAGCUACUCAAGCGAGUCAAGCAGUUAGAACAACAACUGGAAAAUGAAGUGGGGAGACGCAAACGUUUAGAAGUAAUUUUUACCUCAGAACUGGAUAGUGGGGGAUAUAAAACGGUGAACACAGUUAGUGAGGAAAGUGAACGACGCCCUUUUCAAAGGAAAGUGACAUGCAAUCAGAACACCAUCGGAGAACAGAAAAGCCACGCUGGUCAAGCAUGUAUUCCGAUUGGUGAACAGAACGUAACACUCAUCAAAUCCCCUCAGAAUAUGUAUAUUAAGCGAUAUGAUUCCUCUCAGCAUUCUGUAGAAAAGGAUGCCGGUAGCGAUCAUCGAACUGAAAAGCAUGAUGCUGCUGCCAGCUCUAAGAUGAAUGCAGUUCUUGGAAGCGAUGUAGAGUAUGAAGAAACUUCUCUGGUUCCGGACGAAAAAGCGGGAAUUCAUGUGCAGGAAUAUUGGACUGGUGUAUCAAAUGAAUUGACAACUGCAACGUCUUAUCAAAGCGAUGGCAACAGCAACUCUGAGAACUCAAGGAAACUGGUCGUGGUAAAAGCAGUUCGUUCUGGGUGGAAAACAGAGGAGCUCAGUGGACCAAACGGUGGAGAGACGGCUGAUCUACACCCUGUCAAUAUACUUCCGAAAUUGUGUGGUAGUCAUGUUCAAUCUAUCAGUGAUAGCAAUCAACCUUGUGACUCUCGCUGUGCACACGAGAAAGACCGCUUGUCCACAUCAGACCGCACAGGUGCCUCACCACCAAAUGUUGCAAUGAAGAAAUUGUGGUACAGAAGACAACGGAAGCUAAUGAGUGGUCUAUACCGGCAAGAUAAAACAGAAACGACGCUUAUGAAUUGCUGUAACCCACACCCCGGUUGCUAUCCACGGGAGAUCAAGGUGUACAGGAAUCCGGAUGGCUCAAGUUCAAGAAGCACUACUAGAAUUCGUAGAUGGAAUGAACGGUUCCAAUCACUUCGAAUGAUCCGACACGGUAACACUAAAAGACGAGCAGACGAGUUUGAAUCCAUGUAACCGUUCGGACAGGAGGUUGAUUUUGUGGCAUGCAGGUUUCGAUUCCAUGAAGCUCACAAAUAUGCAAACUUUCUCUGUGCAUUUGUCGAAAGCUGAUCAAACCCUGUGAGUGCGCGAACCUAAUAGGCGCUACACUCUGCCAUUGUUUGUACGUUGAUUAUGUGGGCUUUUUAUCUUUGUAAUGUAUAAUGGUGACAAUUCAAUCUUACUUGUUCUUAUGGGCUUUGCAUUAUAUUUAAACACAAUCUUGCGAC